CUCACCAUGCCUUGCUACACGCGCGAAGAUUUCUUGCGAGAGUACAAGUUCCCUCUGCAACCCGUGCACGAUUUCGAGGUCCUCGGCAGCCCCGCGGAGUACGCCUCCGGCCACCCGAAAGAAUGGGGUCAAGAGAACGAGUCGUUCGACUUUGCGGAUGUUAUAAAGGGAACUGCUGAAACUGCGUAUAGCAGCUACGGGAGUGCAAUCAGUCCAGACAAGAAGUUGCUAGCGAUCAGUUCGAAGAAUGAGCGCGUCCUGAUUUACGACGUCAACACGAAAGAGCUGCGUCAAGUGCUCGAGGGCACCGGGACGAUAUUUUUCAGACCUCGGCCCAACAGGAAACAGAAUGCGAGGAAGGAUGAGGAUGAGACAGCUGAUGAAAAUGAGGGCCCGGUUUAUACUUUGAUAUGCAACGUUCCCACGGAAAACCGCCGCCGCCAGAGUUCCGUCCUCGUUUUCUGGGAUCUUGACCAACACGGGCGUCUCCUGGACGAAGAAGAACCCAUCGAUCCCGCCGCUCUCGCAAAACAGGCCAUCGACGCUAUUCUCCCGGACCUCGAGACGAAACACGAGUGGUCCCGGGACUUCGUCACUGCUUCCACUUUGCAUGCGGAUUUUGAGAAGGCACUAGGCAAAGCCGCUGCGGAUCACCGUCGGAGGCACAAUAUCAUCCUUGAGAAGGCGUCGUUGGGCGGUUUCGGCUCCACGCCGUUCAGCAGCGAUGGGAAUCUGAUGCUGCAUCGCAGCGAGGGCGAGUCUAGAAAACAGCAGAAGGUCACUGUCUACGACAUCGAUGCAGGUCGAGAAGUGUACAAUCUCUUCGGCCACACGGACUCGAUCAUGUGGAUGAGUUUCAGUCCCGACGAUCAACACAUUGCCACUAUAGCCUGGGACGGGACUAUGCGCAUGUACUCAGCUGCCACUGGUGAGCUCUCAUGGGUGGAGAACGCUGGCGGGCAAUGUUGGUCCGGCGCAUUCUCCCCGGAUUCCAAACACAUCAUAUGGAGCUCAAAGAACGGUAACAGCAUCUCCGUCCACGCCGUGGAAGACGGACGGCUCAUUUCCAAAUUCUCGGGGACCCUCCAGAAUUGGUGUCGGUGCUUUGCCUGGCAUCCCGAUGGAAAAGAAGUUGCGUUCUGUGCGAGUAUGAGCGCAUGGGUCUGGCGCCCUUUCGAAGGACCUGAGGGCACGAUAGCACAACACUUGGAUCUCUCAAAGGACAACAAUUGGAGCAUGGCGUCUAUUCGAUCUGUUUCCUGGCUUGAGCACGGACGGCUGCUGUGCGUCCAAAUCGAAGAAGGCACUACACUCAUUUACGACACGAUCACGAACGCCAAGGAGUUGUUCAAACGGCCGGACGGAGUAGUGGCUUCCUGGGUUGACGGUAGCUUCUACGGUGUUUUCGAGAAAGAGGGAGAGAAGGAUUUCUACAUCAACGUAGAUGGUGACGGGAAGGUGCGCUAUUGGAGGACCAGUGUCGCAGCGUAUCCGUCAUGGUGGGAGAAGGAGAAAGAGAAGGAAGAAAGUCAACCCAAGAAAGUAUUUCCUGAGACCAGGAAGUACGUCAAAGUCACGAAGCCUGUGAAGCAGGAGGAAGCCCCCAAAGAUGGAGGAAGAGAUGAUUGGGCUGACAAAGGGGCCAGACUUUGGACGGCAGAGUAAUUAGGCUAUCAGGCCACUAGACGCUUGCUUAGAUUGUCAGUUGCGGACGCAUUUCGACCGAGCGAGAUUGCGGAAUAGGAAAAGUAGCAUAAUUCGGGCGAAAUGGAUGUGUCACACGAACUCUACCCUUUCCGCAGGACGCCUACUCCUUCCCCGCAGCCCUUGAUCUUGCUUUUCCGCUGGUGUUGCGAAUCCAGCCGGGUUGGGUAUGGCUUUCAGCGUGCUUCACCAAUCACCAUGCUCCAAGGCUUAUGUCACCGGUUUGGGUGGCCGAUGCAUAUUGCGGCUGAAGUUCGAUAAGAACAUAAGAUAUGGAAACUCAGCCUUCCCCUUCCUUCUUCACAAUCCCUCUCAAGUUCGGGCUCAUACCUAGAG